GAAUUUGAUGUUUAAACAAGUGCCCAUGGUGGAGAUUGAUGGGAUGAAGCUGGCACAGAUCAGAGCCAUUCUCAACUAUAUCGCCACCAAAUAUGACCUCUAUGGGAAGGACAUGAAGGAGAGAGUCCUGAUUGACAUGUAUUCAGAGGGGAUUUCAGAUCUGACUGAAAUGAUUGGACAACUGGUACUAUGUCCUCCUGACCAAAGAGAAGCCAAGACUUCCUUGGCAAAAGACAGGACCAAGAACCGUUACUUGCCUGCCUUUGAAAAAGUGUUGAAGAGCCACGGACAAGAUUACCUUGUGGGCAACAGGCUGACCAGGGUGGACAUCCACCUGUUCGAACUUCUCCUCUAUGUUGAAGAGCUUGACGCCAGCCUUCUGACCUCUUUCCCUCUGCUGAAGCUACCUCCAUGA